UGUCUAAACCUUCAGUGAAAAGUUAAUCAGCUACAGUCCUCACAGGAGAGACGCUGUAGUUUGAUAGGUUCCUCUGGUCAUGUGAUUUCAGAGCAACAACUCAGAGACGUGAUGCUGCAGGUCAGACUGAGAGAGGACGUGUGAACGUGAAGACUGAGAGAGCUCAGAGCUGCUGUACCUGCAUCAACAAACAGAACCUUUCUGAUCACAUCAGCACAGUUUGAUUUAAAGUCAGCUUCUUCAUCACUCUGAAGAGGAAAUCUCAACACCUCCGGGAGGACCAAGAGUCCUGAAGAUGGCUUCAAAACCAAGAAGGGGGAGUAAAGAACUGUCUCCUGAUCGAUCUGAAUUAAUGGACAAACUUAUUAAACUUGCAUCUUCAUUCAUCAGCAAGUUUGCCAACAAUGAACAGAAGAUAAGACCGAUUAUUAGAGAGUUUAGGGAGAUCGCUGAUGAAGUCAGAAAGAUGCAGAAGAGAACAGAUGAAGCCAAUAGAGUAGGAACUGAAGUACUAGAAGUCACAGCCCGUGGCAUGCCGUUUGGCUCACUUGCAGGCGGAGCAGCAGUAGCAGCACUAGCAGUAGCAGCAGGAAGGGCAGUAGCAGUAUUAGCAGUAGCAGUAGCAUCAGGAAGGGCAAGAGUAGCAGGAGGAGCAGCAUCAGGCAUUUUGGUUGCUGGUGUAAAGAGUGGAAGUGUAAAUAAAGUAGAAGAACUGGGGAAAGACUUAAUGGAGAUCGUUGAACCGCUGAAGAAGGACCUGGAUGAAAUAAAGAGGACGUGUGAGGAGUUGGAGCAAAGAUCAGCUGAACUUCAGGCUGAACUCACUCUGACAGACAUGGAGGAGUUUCUGAUUCUUACAGUAGUGUCUAUCCUGGGAAGAAGUGACGGAAUAUUUUCUGAUAUGUGGGAAUGUCUUCAGACCUACUGCGACCCCUGAAGAGGACAGCAAGUUACCAGACUCCAUCAUCCAGUCAGCUGUUUAAUGUCAGAAAGUCAUCGAUAACUUGGAGAAGAUGAAGGAACAACUCAAAGACUCCACAGAACAGUGAACAUACACGCUGCAAUGUGAAGAAAGGGAAUGUUUAAUUAUGUUAUUAUAAUUAUUUCUCACUAAAUCUGCAGUUUUUUGACACAUUUCAAAUUUUGGACACAAAAGAUCCUCUGAUCCUGUUUAUCUGAAGAAAGUCCUCAGUGUUGAAUAUGAUAUUUACUUUCUCUGAACAUGCUGCUGCUUAUAAUUCUGUCUGAA